CAGCAGCUGGCCAGCCCUGGUGAUAGUGCUCUAUCUGUGGCUGCAGUGCUGGUCUGAGUUGCCUCUGGGUUAUUUCUGGCGCGGUAGCAGCAUUGUGGUCUGUGUGGCGGGCUCACAGGGCCUGUAAGGAGCCUGCUGGCUCUCUGGCCAACGCCUCCCACCCCACAGCAAGCCGGCCACGGACCUCUCACCAUGGGCUCCUGUGAGUCUGGGGUCAGGUCUACUGGUUCCUGGGCAAUCCCAGGGCCGAGCAGAGCGCUGAGCCUGCUGCUGCUACUGCUGGCGCUGCCGAGUUGCGCAGCUGUGGGCUGCCCCGCGCCGUGUAGCUGCGCAGGGACACAGGUGGACUGCGGGCGCCGUGGGCUAACGUUGGCCUCGCUGCCGGCAGUCUUCCCGCCUGACACAACAGACCUGGUGCUGACCGGCAACAACCUAACGGCGCUGCCGCUGGGGCUGCUGGACACACUGCCAGCGCUGCGUGCUGUGCACCUGGGGGCUAACCCCUGGCGCUGCGACUGCCGCCUGGUGCCGCUGCGCGCCUGGCUGGCCGGCCGCCCGGAACGCGCUCCUUACCGCGACCUGCGCUGCGUCUCACCCCCUAUGCUGCGUGGCCGCUUGCUACCCUACCUAGCCGAGGAGGAGCUACACGCCGCAUGCGCGCCCAGCCAACUCUGCAGGUGGUCGCUAGCAGUGCAGUUCGCGCUCCUCUGCCUCGGGAUGCUACACGCCUUGCUCCUGGCAUUGUUUCUGUGCCGCCUGCAAAGGCUGCGCACCCGAGACCGCGCCCGUGCCGCAUACCAGGUACCUCUGACCACCCCGCUGGUGUACAAGCCCACCGAGGCAGGUGCGUGCUCCUAAGAGGGAUCAUCUUAGGUCUGCAAAUUCGACAAAACUCUGCCCAAGAAGCCUUCGUCUUCUCUUGGACCCACCUUGGCCUCUGCCCAGCCUCCCAGCCUCUCCAAAACCUGAAAGCCAGAAUCCAUGUAGGACAGAGUGAGGUGACCUAUCCCCUCUAUGCCUGGGGAGGUAGAGGCGCCUAGGUACUGUGGCCCAACACUUAAGAGCUUCCCUUCCCCAAGUCCACGCUGAAUAAACCCU